GAAAUAUGGAGGCAACGCAAGGCACACCUACGGCGGAGACGACGGAAAGUGGAGUGGACCUCACCGGACUCUGGAUAUUCCUCGGGAUCGUGGCGGCAGUUUUCUUUCUCCUCGUGGCCUUUGUGUUGUGCCUCAAAGUUUAUAACUAUUGCAUCAAGGGCGUCUGCACAUCUCCACAACAGAUGGACGGCAAGACGGUCAUCAUCACUGGAGGCAACGCAGGAAUCGGCAAGGAGACUGCCAAGGAACUGGCACGACGCAAGGCUCGAGUCAUCCUUGCCUGCCGAAACAUAAACAAGGGCCAGGAGGCGGCGAACGAGAUCUUCUUGGAAACGCAGCAGGCGGUCGUAGUCAAGCAUCUGGAUCUGUCAUCGCUCAAGUCGGUGAGGGACUUUGCCAGGGACAUUGUCUUCACGGAGCCGAGGCUGGACGUGCUCAUCAACAAUGCUGGAAUGACUCUUGAGGAUGACCAGCUUCACCUAACAGAGGACGGAUACGAGUUGGCCUUUCAGACCAACUACUUGGGGCAUUUUCUGCUUACCAUGCUUCUGUUGGACUUACUAAAGAAGACGGCUCCUAGUCGAGUGGUGAACGUCUCCUCAGGAUUGCACCACGUGGGGGCUACGGAUCACAUGGAGGAGAGAAUGAGAGGCAUGCUUCGAUCUAGUCCGACGCUCACCUACAGUCACACCAAGAUGGCCAACGUCAUGUUUACCAUCGAACUCGCCAAGAGGCUCAAAAAUGACGGUGUUACCGUGAAUGCUCUCCAUCCUGGCAUGAUCGAGACCGGAAUAUCCGAUGGCCUUGUGGGCAGGGAUCUUUAUUUUAAAAUCAACUUUUGGAUAUUUGGAAAGACUGCAAAAGAAGGAGCUCAAACGUCUAUCUACUUGGCUGUUGAUCCCAAACUCAGCGGUGAGACUGGUUACUACUUCUCCGAUUGCCGGAAAGCCUGGAUCAACUGGAGGGCUCGCAACGCCGAGCGGAAUCGGGAACUCUUCGAGACGUCCGUGAAGCUGACUCAUCUCGAAGACUCGGUAGUGAAUAAACAAAUUUUGAAUGACAAAUAAAAAUGAAGGACGAUUCCAAAG